AUGAAGAAAAGGACAACUCGUCCACUUUCACAGCGUCGAACCGCACGUCGCGCUAUCAAUCGACUACAUCGACAAUAUGGCACAGAGUAUAGGAUGGGCACAGGAGCAGAUACUUUAUCGCCCGCCUCCGGUGGUUCGGACGACUGGGCUAAAGCGAAUGGCAUCAAAUACGUUUAUUUAGUGGAGCUAAGGCCAGAAUAUGAACUUUCAAAUGGAUUCAUUCUACAUAAGAAAGAAUUGAUUCCCACUGCUGUCGAAACAUUUGAAGGUGUCAAGGUGGGAGAAAUUCAGUUUGGUUCAUAUGCUUUGCAUUUCAUAAUUAAUGCUCUGGAAGUCAUUGAAGCAGUUUUGGAGCACAAUAAAAUUCGUCGAGAUCCGCUAUCUCGUAUCGCUCCGCAACUUCACCGAAUGCAUUUGCUGGGCAUAGCCAACGGCUUGAAAACAACAAUAGCAGCUGGCAGCAAAAUGACAACUAACCUAGUGCCGGAAACUGCUACACAGGAGACAACGACCACAAGAAGAAGUGAAUUAAAUUUCCUCAGGGAAUUAAGGGAUUUAAGGGAAAAUCUGAGAUCCGUCAACUUAGCUUUAGGGACGACCACCACAACAGAAGCUCCGCCUCCGCUAAGCACUACAGAACAAAUGAUAAUUCCAACAAGAGUUGGUGCAGCAGGGUUGGUCAAACUCUACAUACCUACCCUAUAUACGCGAGAAUGGUUGGCUACAGUUGGGUUGGGCCACGCCCACUGCCCCGCCAACUCUGAAAAAUUUUGGUUAACGCUCCCUCUCCCUCCUACGCCCCUAACUGUUGUAAAUUUUUAUUACAGAGCUCGUCCUUGGCUCACAUACAAACCACGUGAAAGACAAUCGUCGAGAUCGACAAAAUGGCGACACUUCUUCAAGUAUACAACACCUACGAGUGGUGCAGCAGUUUCGGUCAAACUCUACGCAUCUACCCUGUAUACGCGAGAAUGGUUGGGUUGGCCACGCCUACUGCCCCGCCCACUCUGA